UGUAAACAGAACAAGCACCGAUGGCCUGUAGCUGCUCUCCACUCAGUCAGCUGAGCAGCAAUGUUGCAAAUAAAAAGCCGAAUGAGGUACAGCCCGCUGGGGCUCGCUGCUGCCAGGCUGGUCUCCUCAGGGCCCGUCAAGAACCCAGUCGUGUUUUUGGACAUUGAGGCCGAUGGUGAACUCCUUGGAAGAGUAAUCAUUGAGGUAGCAGCUGCAGCUAAUACACUAGCCUUUCUCAUAGGCCUGGAUUUUACCUACAAAACUCAUAUGAACUCAUCUUUCUUUAUUAUCUGGCAGCUGAAUGCGGAUGCAGUGCCAAAGACUGCAGAAAACUUCAGAGCCCUGUGCACAGGAGAACAUGGCUUUGGAUAUAGAGGCUGCAGGUUUCAUAGGAUCGUCCCUGGCUUUGUGUGUCAAGGAGGAGAUUUCACCAACAACAAUGGCACAGGAGGCAAGUCUAUAUAUGGGAAAACAUUCAAAGAUGAGAACUUCAAAUUAAAACACACUGGUCCAGGGACGCUUUCGAUGGCAAACUCAGGACCUCACACAAACGGCUCGCAGUUCUUCAUCUGCAUGGCUAAAACUGAAUGGCUGGAUGGAAAACAUGUGGUCUUCGGGCAGGUGAAGGACGGCAUGGAUGUGGUCAUAAGGAUGCAAUCCUUUGGUCUACAUGAUGGAGGUAUGGGGAUUGAUGUUGUCUAAGAGGUCAAGCCCGCUGCUUUUGUUGUUUUGUUUGUGGUGGAGCAGAUGUUUCAGUGAGUGUUGGCUCUGACUGCAGGCAGGCUGUACAGAAACUAAAGUCGUUUUACUUAUAGAUGUUUUAAUAGUCCUGCUGAGUGGCCGGUUCUGCUGAAAUUUAAUCUUCCCAAGUAUGUAGUCUGCGUGGGAGCAGAGAGUCUGUUGAUCCAAAACCUGUAUAUGGUAUAUUGUUCAGCAUUAAUAUGUAGGGGGUGGGGGCAUGAACCUAUGCACCACCCCACCCAUGCAUGCAGUCACAGCUGGGACUUGAGGUACUGGUUGACUCCAGCCUGUAUUUUAGCUUUUAAAUGCACCACCCAGGUUCGUCAGAAUGAAAUACAUUUUCCAAUUCUCCUAGAUAUUGUUACAUCAUUUUUUGCUAAUCCUUUGCCACACUUUAAUGCAACAGGCAUACAUUUCAUUUGUGUUUGCACACACCCGUGAUUUCCUAUGCUUUUUUACACGGUACCACCUAAAGACCAGUCAGUCAAUACUGAUUUUAUCAACCUUGUCUACUGUGUGAUGAGAAGGACCAAGUCUCUUUCAAUAUUACUACAUAUAGUGAUAAAGUAUACUAAAUCUUUACUAUAAUACCUUCCAACCAUAUGUGCCCCAAAUGUUUUCACAUUUUGUUUUGCAACGUUUUAUUAGGAUUUAAUGUGAUAGACCAACACUAAGUGCUGCAUAAGUGUGCAGUGAAAGGAGUUCACUGGUUAAUCUUUUUUUUCUUUCUUUUUUUUUUGCAACAAAAAAUGUAAAAGUGGCAUGAAUUUGUAUUGAGCCCCUCUGGGUCAGUAGAUUGUACAACUAGUUUUUGCUGGAAAAACAGUUGCCAGUCUUUUGGGCUAUGUGUCUUAACAACUUUCCACAUCUAGAGACAGAAAGUUCUGCUCAAAUGUCUUUGCAGAAGAGCUCAAACUCAGCCAGGUUGGAUAGUGAUUGUCUGUGGACAUAAUGUCUUGCCACAGAACAUCAAUUCGCUUUUAGGUUUGGACUUUGACUGGGCCAUUCGAAUGUUCUUACAUGUGUUCACUAACGUUUUCUAACAAAUGAUUAAUACUGUGGCUCUAAAUACUAAUUUGGUGACACCUGAAGGUAAUAGGGUGUUGCACUGGAUUUUAUUUAGGGGUAUCAGAGUAAAGGGGGCUAAAUACAAAUGCACGCUACACUUUUCAGAUUUUUAUCAGUAAAUAAAUAGUGAAAAUCA